CCCACCCCAGGCCUGUGCUUCAAAAGAGCAGGGCCUGCGCUCACCGCGCCACACCACGGGGACCGGGACGCACGGCUGGUCUCCGAGCAUCUCCAUUCCACCUGCCUUCGCAGGGAGCCGGGUCCAGCUGGGCCAUGCUGCGGGUAGCGCUGCUGGGCCUCCUGGGCGCCACAAUGCUGGCGGCUGUCAGCUCUGUGCCAGUGGAUAAUGGGAGCCACAGUGAAGAAGUGGUGACUCGCUGCAUCAUUGAGGUCCUCUCAAAUGCACUUUCGAAGUCCAACAUUCCACCUAUCACCCCUGAGUGCCAGCAAGCCCUGAAGGACAGUGGGAAGGAGGUCAGUGAUGAAGAGAAAAGUGAAAAUAAAAACACAAAGUUUGAAGUAAGAUUGUUAAGAGACCCGGUUGCUGCCUCAGUACCUCACUGGACCUCCAGUAGAGAGGAGGCAGGAGCUCCAGGGGAGAACACUGAAAGCCGGACAGAGUCAGACACUAAUAAGUGGGAAGAGGGAGGAGGACACAGCCAAGAGGGAGCAGGUGAGGCCCAGGAGAGCCUCUAUCCCUCCAACACUCAAGUGUCCCGAGAAACACAGGCUCACCAUUCUGAGAAGAGUGAGGGAGAGGAGAGGAAGGAAGAAGAGGGAGAGGAGUAUCUGCAGGAGGAGAAUAGAGAAGAUGCUGAGGAAGAACAUCAUCCUGAGCCAGGAGAGAAACAGAACACCUUUCUCAGUGAUAGAAACCAGGCUGUAGCCAUGAAAAAAGAGGAGUUAGUGGCCAGAACUGAUUCACAGUCUGCUGGGAACUCUGUGGAGAAGACACACAGCAGGGAGCUAAGCAGCCAGGAGAGUGGCGAGGAGCAGAGGAGCCAGGAGAAACACCCUCAGAAGCUCAACGAUGAUGCCACCAGCCAGGAAGAAUCUGUGCAAAGCGAGGAAGACCCUGCUUUUGAAUUGGCCAAACGAUAUAUGAGGCCUGGACACCACUAUGGGAGGAGCAGGCCUGACAGGUUUUCUCAGGAAGGGAGUCCUCCCUCUGAGGGAAGAGGACAGGCUCUUAAGAGAUUGAAGGAGACAGAUGUAGGCAAGGCCAGUUUAGGGGAAAAGAGGGACCACUAUCCAACCCACCACAGGGCUUCAGAGGAAGAACAUGACUCAGGGGAAGAAGGGAGAAGCCACCCAGUUUUCCAGGCUCCCAAGAACCUGGAUGGGUUGAGGUAUGAGGGCAGAGGAGGUGAGGAGGACACAGCUACCAGGCUUCAGAGUGAGGAGCGCCUGAAGGACAAAAGAAAUCACCCCAACUCAGAGCUUGAAAAGUUGGUGAACAGAUACAGUAAAGACAGCAGGGAGGAGAGGGGCAGUGAGGGGUCAAAGGGAUUCGGUCACAGGGGCAAGGCAGGGGAGACAGACGCUUAUUCUCUUGACACCAAAGAAGAGAAAAGAUUCUUUGGUGAAGGACGUUACCAUGUCCAAGAAAGCCAGCUGGACAAGGCAAGAAGGCAUCCACAAAGCAAAUGGCAAGAGCAAGAGAGAAAUUACCUCAACUAUGGUGAUGAAGGGGUUCAUGGGAAGUGGCAGCUAGGAGACCCCACAGAAAACAGGGAAGAAGUGAUCUUUCAAGACAAACAGUAUAAUCCCUUUCUGACCACUGAAAAGCGGAAGCGGUUAGGGGUGCUCUUCAACCCCUAUUUCGACCCUCUCCAGUGGAAGAACAUCAACUUAGAGAAAAAAGCCAACAUAGAUGACAAUUUUCCUGUGGGUGAAGAUGAAAAUGGGUUGACCUUAAAUGACAAAAAUUUCUUCCCAGAAUAUAAUUAUGACUUGUGGGAGAAAAGGCCCUUCUCUGAGGAUGUGAAUUGGGAGUAUGAGAAGAGAAGCUUCCCUAGGGACCCCAAGCUGGACUUAAAAAGGCAAUACGACAGGGUGGCUGAGCUGGACCAGCUCCUUCACUACAGGAAGAAGUCAGCUGAAUUCCCUGAUUUCUAUGAUGCUGAGGAACACAUGGAGCCUCGUCAAGAGACAGAAAAUGAAAGGGACCUGGCAGACCAGGGAGUUCUGACAGAGGAAGAGGAGAAGGAACUUGAAAAUCUGGCUGUGAUGGAUCUGGAACUACAGAAGAUAGCUGAGAAGUUCAGCCAAAGGGGUUGAUGGUUGUUGGAAUAAUGGAUCAUUUCCAAAGUCGCUCUCAUGUUAUCUAUUUACCAUCACUUUGCUGAAGGAACCAUUUAUUUUCCAAAGGCAGAAAGUAGAAACUAUUACUCAUUUAUUGAUUGACACAGUUGGAAAUGUCUUUACCCUUGCCAGGCUGCUAUUGAAAACGUGAAUAGCAUGACCUAUAGCAUAUUCUUUCUUGCAAAAUAGACAUUAAUAUGCUUGUUAUGAUGACUGUGCUACUGUCGUUGAAAUUUAUGUGUGUCUCAGCUUGAAGCAAUAAAAGUUGUACCUGGGACCAAAA